UUUCUUUUGCGUCGACAAGAUGGCGGGUCCCAGCGUGCUGCUGAAAGUGUGGAGGCACCGGCUGAGUUUGGGGGUUCCUGGACGCAGGAGUUUCUGGGGAGGAACGAAGAAACAAGAUCAGCCAGUAGUAGAACCCGUGAAAGAUGUUUUUCCUGUGAUAGACGUUUGCCCUCCACCACGAAGUAAAAAAUACCUUCCUCCUGAAUAUCUCCAGAAUCAUCUAGAAUCUCGCGUGAGAGAGAUUUGGGGAUCCUCAGUUUCGAGUGACUGGCAGAGGACAUCACUAGCAGACAUCAGUUUAAAGUAUCGGCUAUUGGCACAAAUGGCAGCAGAUAUGGACCACACAGUCCCCAACAACCAGCUCCAUCAAAUGAAGAGUGUGGGAGAUGUCUUGGAUUUCUACAGUACACCUGUAAAAGACAUCUCAAAGUUAGAUGAAUUGGGCAUGCAAGAGCUUCCAUCGAAUCUGAAGAUCAAUUGGGAGUAGGAAUUAAAACAAUAAAAGUACUGGUGUCAUUUGUCCUCAAUAAAACAGCAUCAUUAUAAGUGCAGAUAAAGCUUGCUUUUGUUUUCCCAAGUUUCCAAAUAAUGUUUCUUACCUCCCUGCAAAUAAUAAUACUGUAAUCCAUCCAAGCAAAUAAUUCAUGCAUGCUUUUUUUUGGAGACAAAGAACUUGGUGGUUUUUUUCCCCCCUGUUUUUCAUCGGAGGAGAUGAUGGAUAUCCAAGUGAGACACCAGAAAAUAUUUGAGACUUGAUUUUGUUGUUGUUCUUUUUACCUUCAUUUAUUCUGUAUGUAUUCAUCAAGAAAAGUUCUUACGUUGGUCAUAUAUAAAAUGGUGUUGAGGCAGCAAUUAAUUUAAUCUAUUAAACAUUGGAGACCUCUCUCUCAGAUAGCAACUUCUGUUAAUUGAAUGGGAAGGAAAUGUGUGCCAUCUUAACCAUGUAAGACAGUUGUGAAUACUGUUUUUUUUAAUCUACAUCAUUGAAUUUUAUAUUGUAUUCAGUAUAAAAGUAACAUGAUAAUAAAGACAACAGAUUUUCUUU